UAGGGUUAGUUCGUACUGUAUUUAAUAGCAACAAAGAACUACUCACUGGCUAAGCACAGUAAUGGCGGCUGUAGACUGGUAUGGACCUCUGAUUGAUCUCAAGGAUGCGGGUUCUCACAUUGGUAGCUAUGUUCAGCUCCUGGUAUUCGUUCAUAUGUGUCGACCUCCUCAGAUGAUUAAAGCUUUGUAUGGUCGAAGAUUGAUGAGGAUUGUUGUCCAGGUUGGUGACAAUACAUGCCCAUACUUUACUGUGUCGCUGUGGCAGAAACAAAUGGGCUCCACUGUAUCUGCUGGUGAUAUUGUUUUAUUACAAAACUUCAGGAUUUCAGAGUUUUGCGGUAUUGUGGAGGCUUUGACAAUUCAAUAUUCAUCACUGAUGCAUUUAGUCCAUUCACAAGAACUAGUUGCAGCUAAAGAUGUGGAAGAAGUAGUAGCCUGUUGCAGAUUUGGGGGACCAACAAAAGAUAAGAUGAAGUUGGUGGUACAAUGGGCACGCCAAACUCAAGCAACACUUCUUCGUAAUUUGAAUCAUAUGCAUCUCUGUCCGGUUAUGGAGGUUGGUGUUUCCAAUGGGAGACAACUGAAGAACUGGAAGUUGAGUGCGAAAAGCAAAUCAAGGGAGUGCUUGUCAAUUUCAGAAGUUUCUUUUCUAAGAGAAUCCUGCAGUGUGAGCUUCUAUGGGAACAUUGGUGAAAUCUUCCUGCCUUGCAAUUCAAAGCCUGCUUCAGAAUUUAGACGGGAGAAGCUGUUCAUUGGCAAGAGACUCUUUGUAAUGGCAGAUGACAAGAUUGGAGAUGACCUCAUCUGCAGUGGUUGCAAGUAUUGUGGUUCUCCCAUGAAAUUGAGUUCUUUAGCAGAGCAUGAUCCAGCUCAACUCUACUGCGAGAAGAGCUCCAACCAUCUUCAUACUGUAGGCCAAAUAUAUACACCAUUUCUGCUAUAUGUGUGGGACCAAUCAACAUAUAUACCCAUUCUUGUGAAGAACAUGGCUGCAGAACUAUUAUUUUGCAACAUUUCUGCAGAGAAGGUUUCUUUAAGUUUUGAUCAAUACCAGAAGCCCAUGAGUAUAUGCAACCCUCAUCUUGCAAAGAAUUCAACUCAAGGCUCUGCAAGUUGCAACGGCUCAAACCUUUACAGAAUAUGGUUGAUUUUACUCAAAAUGUUGCUCAGGCAGGGGAAGAACAGCCCAUUCAAGUUCGAAGUUCUUGUACAUUGCUCCAAAGAUCAGGGUGAUGAUAAAUUUGAGCUGAUCUCAUUUAGUGCCCACAAAAGAAUGCAGUAAGUUUGUUUUUGGUUCAUAGCCGUGAAUUUUGUACGUGUUCAUUUGCUUUCAAAUGAUAGGAAACAUUGGCUUAUGAGGAAUCAAAUAAUAUAUAAUGAUAUCUACCGGAAAGUGUUGGUUAUUUUA